UCGGCCAGCUGCAGUGGGUGAACUCCUGGGUUGUCGGUCUGGUGUGUGAUGGCGGGCGAGCUGACGGUGGGCUUCAUUGGAGCCGGGAAAAUGGCCCUCGGCAUCGCCAGCGGCCUCCUGCUGUCAGGGAAUGUGAAACCUGAGAACGUGAUAGCUUCAGCUCCAUCAAACAACAACUUGUAUAAGUUCAAGGAAGCUGGGAUGCAGACAACACACUGUAAUACCUCAGUGGUGGAGAGCUGCCAUGUCCUCUUUCUGAGCGUCAAGCCUUCUCAGCUGCCCGGAGUCCUGAAAGAAAUUUCCCCAUUCGUCACACCAGCACACCUCAUUGUCUCUGUUGCUGCUGGGGUUACCAUUGAAACUCUAGAAAAACUGCUGCCUGUGGGUACCAAGGUGUUACGAAUGAUGCCAAACCUCCCGUGUGUGGUGCAGGAGGGCUCGAUGGUAUUUUGUCGCGGGAGCUGUGCCAGGGAGCAGGAUGGUGCUGUCCUGAAGGGCCUCGUAUCUUCCUGUGGAUUGUGUGAAGAAACUCCGGAAUCCUACAUAGACAUCCACACAGGGCUCAGUGGGAGUGGAGUGGCAUAUGUUUACCUAUUUGCUGCAGCUCUGACAGAAGGGGGUGUUAAGAUGGGAAUGCCGUAUGAAUUGUCAAAGAAGAUGGUAGCUCAGACACUACUGGGAGCUGCAAAGAUGAUCUUGGGGACUGAGGACCACCUGGAGAAACUGAAGAGUGAUGUCUGUACACCAGGUGGAACCACCAUCCACGGCCUGUAUGAGCUGGAGAAGGGAAACCUACGCUGCACUGUCAUGAACGCGGUGGAAGCUGCAACAAACCGAGCCCGUGAACUCGGUAAAAACUAGUUUCAGCGAAGGAGGAAGCACGAUGGUUGUAGGGCAUGCUCCUAGAACCGUUCCAAAUUUCCAUGGGCUUUACAGUGUUGGCCAUCAAUAUCUGGGGCCCAAGAGGGACUAAAGAGAGAGACUAAUUCAUCUUUGGGUGCGGUUUGGGGUGGAUUCAAGAGACAUCUGAAAUCCACUGCAUAAACCAACUUCUAAUGUGAAAUAUUAGACAGAAAUUGCUGAAGAAAUUCAGCAGGACUGACAGCAUCUGUGGAGAGAAAGCAGAGUCAGCGUUUCGGGUCCAAUAACCCUUCAAGCCAAUCUGGGCAAGAACAGAAGCUCCUCAGAUUUGCAUGUUAAACCUCACCUUUUUUUUCUGCUUCCAUAUGACAGGUUUACUGGGUUAAAGUAAAAUAAAAUAUUCCUGAUGCAUCGUUGGGCAAA